AUGGGCAACGAGGCGAGCCUGGAGGGCGAGGGGGCCGGCGGGGCGCCAGGGCCGGCCUCCGUCCCGGCCGACGUGCAGGAGGACCUGAGCCGGCUCAGCGAGGAGGAGCGGAAGCAGAUCGCCGCCGUCAUGUCCAGGGCGCAGCAGGGGGGCCCCGGCGCGGAGCCGCCCCCCAUGCCAAGGCACGCUCUGGCGGCGGGCGGGCAUCCUCCCCUUGAUAGCAGCCAGCAGCCAAGACAGGCCAGCAAACCUCCGGACCCCAGACCGGCCACUCUGAGCAAAAGCAGAACUGUUGACACGCUGAAAACAGAGCAGCGGGUGCCUGGGAGGAGCCCAUCGGCCACGAGCCUGCGACAGUCUCAAUCGAGGACUGAUUUCAAAGAGGACCCAAAGCCAAGUAUGAUGCCCAGCUUCCUCUCGGAUGCCAACCCGUUUGGCGCCGUCACUUCAGUUGUAAACAAAUUCAACCCGUUUGAUUUGAUAUCUGACUCCGAUCCAGCCCAGGAAGGAGCCUCCAAAGCCCAGAAGCCUGUUCAGAAGGAGCAGGGGAGGCCUGAGCAGCAAAAGGGACCCCCCAAGCUACCCACUCAACAGUCUCCAAAGCUAACAGGUCCAACCCAAGGAGCAGCCCCACAGAAAAUUGGACUUUCCAAACAGCAGCAGCCCCCUGGAGUGUCUAAGCAAGCGCAGCCCCGAGGUCCUGGCCAACCGGCAGGCCCUCAAGCAGAGGAAACCAAACAGCCACAAGGGUCACCAAAAACUCAGCCGCAGCGGCUAGAACCCACAAAACCUGCACAGCAGCAGAGCCCUGCAAAGCCUUCCAUGCAACUAGCAGGGGCUGCAAAAGCAUCCCCCCAGCGACUUGACGCUGCGCAACCAUCUUCCCAGGCCCCCGCUCCCACUAAGCCAGGAGCUCAGCAAGGCAUGCCUCCAGGCAAACUGCUAUCUCAGCAGCCCGCAGGGCCUGCCAAAGCCGCCCCUCAAGCGGCAGGACCCGGUCAGCCAUCAUCCCAACCUCCGGGAGGUCUCGCAAAGCUCCCUCCCCAGCUGGCCAGCCCUGCGAAACCCCCAUCGGAGCAGCCAGGCAGGCCGCAGCCACAAAGUGCUCUAAAACCCUCCAGGAUGCAGCCGGGGCCUGGGAAAGCCAUCCAGCAGCCCCCGGCGGCUCUGUCUCAGCAGGCCUCCCCACCUGCAGGACUGGCCCCGAAGAAAAUUUUAUGCCCUCUCUGCAGUACCACUGAGCUGUUGUUGCACCCUCCGGACAAGGCCAAUUGCAGCACUUGCACUCAGUGUCAGACGGUGGUCUGCAGCCGGUGUGGCUUCAAUCCUAAUCCGCACAUGACGGAGAUUAAAGAAUGGCUCUGCUUAAACUGCCAGAUGCAAAGAGCGUUAGGUGGUGACUUAGCUCCGGCUCAUGGCCCUGGACCACAGCCCUCCUCGCCCAAGCCCAAGACUCCCACCCCACCCUCAGCAACCAAACCACCUUUCCAGCCACAGAAGCCCAGCCUGACUAAGUCAUCAGAACCCCCAAAGCCACCAACUCAAUUGAAAACUCCGGCAGCUGACGUUCAACCUGUGGAAUCCCCACCUAAACCCAGCCCGGUCAAACCGCCGUUGACAGAAGAUAAACAGAAGCAAUCAAGAAUGCAAAAACCCACAGGUGGUGCUGUGCCUACACCGGUAGCUCCAGAGACCAAGCAAGAUGCCCCCGGUCCCAAAGCAACAUCAUCCCAGCCGCAAGCCACGAUUCCUCAGAGAUCAGAGACUGCCAAGCCAUCUCAACAUACGGCCCCCGCAGAUUUCAAAAUCCCACCGCAAGUGUCUCAGCCGAAGCCUGACCCCAAAGCUGUAUCUCAGCCUGGGCCCAGCACGGAUGUUAAAGCUCAAAAGCCAGCUGAGAUAGUGGAAACAAAAGGAAGUUCUAAGAAAACGCCACCACAUGUGAACCCUCAGCCAGAGGCCCAGCAGCCUCCCAAAGGGCAGCAGACCCCUGCUGGUCAAAAGCCUGCUCUGUCUCAGCCGCAAGCUCCUCCCCAGCAGCCACAGAUGAUGCCAGAGCCAUCUCGGCAUUUCAGUCUUAAUGUGGGAGGCGUCACCGAUGCCCCGAAGCCACAAUCGACAACCCCUCAAGAAACAGUGACUGGGAAGCUCUUUGGAUUCGGGGCUUCCUUUUUUAGCCAGGCUUCCAAUUUGAUCUCCACAGGGGGGCAGCCGGGGGCUCAGUCACCAGGUGCUCCCUCUGGGCCCCCGUCAAAGCAGCCUCCUCCUCCAGCCCAGCCGGCUUCCCAGAAAGAUGCCCCUCGGGCCCAACCAUCUCCCAAAGUGAAUCCCACGAAACGAAACAUCAGGCCUUCUGUGCCAGGUAAGCCGGAGCAACCCAAAAUGGAAGGUCCCCCCGCUGACAAAGAAGGCGAAGGGGAGAAGAAGGCUUUGCCUGGCAAAGACACCAGACCCCAAACUGCUAAAGCAAAGCCAAGUGGGGAGGAGACGUCACUGCCAGCAGCUGCUUGUCCGCUUUGUAAAACUGCACUCAACGUGGGCUCUAAGGAUCCUUCCAAUUACCAGCAAUGCACGGAAUGCAAGAAUGUUGUCUGCAAUCUCUGUGGAUUUAACCCCACGCCUCACAUCACGGAGGUACAAGAAUGGCUGUGCUUAAAUUGCCAGACACAGAGAGCAUUAACAGGACAACUUGGGGAUAUGGGCCAGUUGAAACCUUCUAUGCUUUCAAAAUCAUCACCCAAACCAUCAGUCACUGCUCUAAGCCAGCCUAUCCUUGCUGAGUCAUCUUCCCAGCAAAAGACUACAGUACGACCUUCUCAGGUACUAGAAAAACCGAAAGAAGGCCAAGAAAUUCAGAAGGAAAGUCCAAAACUUCAACAGAAAAAAAUGGCAAAGGAUAUUUCUGCUGAUAAAGUCCAAGAGACUGUUGAAAAGGAACAUUUAACAACUCAACAAGAAAAACUGGAAAAAACAGUGCCAGCUGAUAAAAUCACACAGGUCAUUCAAGGGGAAGACUCAAGAAUUCAAAAGGUAAAAUUGGCAGAGUUACCUUCUGCUGAUCAAAUUCCAAAGGAAGAGCUUAAACUUACCACAAGGCCAUCUGCAGAUAAGAUCUCAGAAGCCAUGCGAAAGGAAGAGCCAGAUGACCUGGCAAAACUAUCGGCAUGUGAUAAAAUUCAGGAAGUCAUACUGGCUAAGACACCAUCACCCAAAGAAGCUCAAAAAGGAAAUCAGGAGCUGAAAGUUUCCCAGACACAAUCUGCUGACCAAUUUCAGAAGAAGGAUACAAACCUUCAACAGGUUAAACUGGCCAAAGCACCAUCUGCUGAUCAUAUUCAAAAGGAGGAGACAAAGAUCCAUCCUGAAAAACUGGCAAAAACUUCAUCUACUGAUAAGAUUGUGCAACAGGAAAAUGUGAAACAGCAACAAGAAAAACUGACAGAAGUACCAUCUACCAGUGAACGUAAGAGACCAGAUCCAGCAUUGAAGCAGGCAAAACUAGACAAAAUACCAUCUGCUGAUCAGAUUUGGAAGGAUGAAUCAAAACUGCAGCGAGGAAAAAUAGUGAAGGCGUCCUCCGCUGAUCACCUUCGACUGGAUGAUCUGAAACCUUUGCAAGUAAAACUGGUAAAGACACCUGUGGUGGAUCCAGUUUCAUGCAAGUCAAGUACCGAUCAAACUCAACUGGCAAGAAUAGUGGAGGAUGACAUCAAGCUUGAACCAGUGACAGGUGGAGCCAAAGAGAAGUUAGAAGCCAAAGUGCCUGAAGAAACAAGAAAAAAAGAAGACAUUAAAAAGGAAGAUUCAACCAUAGGGAUUCUAGAGGCCUUCUCCGAAGAUCAGAAAUCCCAAAAAGAAAUUUCAGUUCCAGCAAUACCAUUAUCAAAGCCUGAUCACAUUGAAGCACUAAAAGGAAAAGCAGAAAAAGAAGAUGACAAAUCAGACACAUCAAGUUCACAGCAGCAAAAAAGUCCACAAGGCCUGAGUGACACAGGAUACUCAUCGGAUGGGAUAUCAAGUUCACUUGGUGAAAUUCCUAGUCUUAUCCCAAGUGAUGAAAAGGAUAUGCUGAAAGAACCUUAUAAACAAGAAACACUUUCACAAGAAAGUACCCCAACAAGUCCUUCUGAUCUUGCUAAACUAGAAAGCACUGUCUUGUCAAUUUUGGAAGCUCAAGCAUGUAGCCUUGCUGAAGAAAAAUCUGGAAAGACCGAAGUCUUUUCUGGUGUUUAUGCUGAACAGACAAAAGACCCACACAAAACAAAGCCAUUGCCUAUCACUCCAGAAUCCUGCAGUUCGGAUGAUGAAGAUUUAAUGGUGCCAAAAACCCAAGGGAAAAAUGGAAGAACUCCUGCACAAGAUGGUAAACAAAGCAUAUCAUCUCGGAAGGAGUACAAGCAAAUGGCAGGAACAAUGGAAGAUACAUCAACAAGAAGGCAACGCUAUGACUCUGUAGAAGAUAGCAGCGAGAGUGAGAAUUCACCAGUCCCACGAAGAAAAAGACGGACUAGUGUUGGUUCUUCCAGCAGCGAUGAAUAUAAACCAGAAGACAGUCCAGGCUCAGGUGAUGAAGAAGAAUUCAUUCGAAAGCAGAUCUUGGAAAUGAGUGCAGAUGAAGAUGCUUCAGGAUCUGAAGAUGACAAAUUCAUCAGGAAGCAGCUGAAGGAAAUCAGUGCGAAUGAAAGCCAAAUAAAGGAAGAAGUGAAGAGUAAAAAAGGAACAGCGGGAAAACAUAAGAGGAUAACACGCAAAAGUAGUAUGGACUACGAAGAGGAUGCUGGCAGGCGCCAUUCCUGGCAUGAUGAUGAUGAUGAGACUUUUGAUAAAAGUCCAGAAUCAAAAUAUAGGGAAACAAAAAGUCAAGACAGUGAAGAAACCACUGGAGGAGGCCUUCGUCGUUUCAAAACAAUAGAGCUUAACAGCACAAUAGCAAAUAAAUAUUCUGAGGAAUCUGAACAAACAAAGAGGAUUCUGUAUUUUGAUGAAGAACCAGAGUUAGAGAUGGAGAGUCUUACAGAUUCGCCAGAGGACAGGUCCCGGGGAGAAGGGUCUUCUAGUCUGCAUGCCUCCAGUUUUACUCCAGGUACCUCUCCUACAUCUGUGUCAUCACUCGAUGAAGACAGUGACAGUAGUCCAAGUCACAAAAAAAUGGGAGGAGAAAGUAAACAGCAUCGUAAAGCCAGACAUCGAACACAUGGUCCUCUUCUUCCAACUAUUGAAGACUCUUCAGAAGAAGAGGAGCUCAGGGAGGAGGAAGAACUGCUAAAAGAGCAAGAAAAACAACGUGAACUAGAGCAGCAGCAAAGAAAGAGCUCUAGCAAAAAAUCUAAGAAAGACAAGGAUGAGCUCAGAGCCCAGAGAAGAAGAGAACGGCCAAAGACACCACCAAGUAAUCUUUCUCCAAUUGAAGAUGCUUCCCCAACAGAAGAGCUGCGUCAAGCAGCAGAAAUGGAGGAACUACAUCGAUCUUCCUGUUCUGAAUACUCACCAAGUAUUGAAUCAGAUCCUGAAGCCUUUGAAAUCAGUCCUGAAAAAAUAAUAGAAGUGCAAAAAUUUUAUAAAUUGCCUACAUCUGUCUCUUUAUAUUCUCCUACUGAAGAGCAACCUCUUGAGACAGUUAAAGAAGACAGUGGUCUAAAGACUUUAAAAAGUGCUGAAGAAGUAUAUGAAGAAAUGGUGCACACAUCCCACAAAGCUCAGAAAUUUGCAGAUGUCAUUGAAAAAGAUGAAGUAUUUGAAAAAGAGCCCUUGUAUGGUGGUAUGCUGAUAGAAGACUAUAUUUAUGAAUCUUUGAUGGAAGAUGCCUACAGUGGGACUCCUGAAGCUAGUCUUAUUGCAAGACAAGAUGAGAGUGAUGAAGUUAGCCAACAGAAAGACAAAGAGAAGAAAACAAAGCCUCCUGGUCAGUUAGUUGGAGGGCCUAUGCAAAAAUGUACAGAUGUACAGAAAGAAUAUUAUAGAAUAGAGUCACUGCAUUCUGUCCUACCUCAAGAAGACAUUGUGUCUAGCUCUUACAUCAUGCCAGAAAGUCAUGAAAUAAUCAUUUUGGAGAGUGAGCCACCAUCUUCAGGUGAUGAAAAACAGUUGUUAGAUGCAGAUGCUGCUUAUGAGGAGCUUAUGAGGCGACAAGGAAUGGAACUGAGCCCCAGCUCCAGUCCUACUCAGCUGUCUCCUGAAUUAAUUCUACCCUCAGAUACAAAGACAUCUGGUGAAGCACCAGAUAGCCUGUUGUGGACAUCAAGUACUCCAUCAAAAAAUUUAGAUACAGCUUCACUGAGUUCUGUGGUGCUUCCUAUUCCAGAUGUCAAAAUUACUCAGCACUUUACAGCUGAUGAAACAGAAGAUGAAUACCUCACCGAUUAUGCCCAGGAAAUUGAAGAAAUUAUUUCCCACGAGGCGUCCAUACUGACAUACUCAGAGGCCUCAGAAGGUGCUGCAUCCAUUUUACCUUCAGAUGCAUCAUCCCUCACAUCAUCAACAUCUUCAGUUUACACCACUGGUAGUUCGUCUCCUGUGGCUGGACCAGAUGGCAUGCCUUUUGGCUAUGCAGAAACAGUAGAUACUGUAAGCAAGUUAUCAGACUCUGAUGGGACCACUUCAGUGAACCAGGUUACCAUAACUUCUAUAAAAGAGUACUCUGAAUCUGCUGUGAUACUCCCUAAGAAGGCAUUUUUAGCCAAAGAUGUAACACGUGUAGAUCAGGUUUCAGCUUCCUUGCCUGAAGUUGAGACCUUCACAGCAACAACUACAGAUACAAAACCCAGACCUGUUAUACCUGUCUCUAUUGCCUUGGAAACCAUCUCAUCCAAAGAGGACCAAACUAGAAAAGAGGUGACCACUCCUGAGGUGGUGAGAGGGCUUUCUGAAGAGGAACAGAAAAGAGCUGCUAUCAGUAUAGCAAGGACAGUUGUAAAAGAUUCUGUAUCUGAUGAAAAGUUUACAUUUGCAGCUCCUACUACAGAGCCAAAACCAAUCAUACCCUCCUUUACUUCUACUGUGUUUACGUUGCCAUCUACAGUUUCAUCAUUUCCCCCUGUUGCAUCCAAAACAUUCUCAUUUGUCAGAAAUUCUUCUUUAGACUCUCCUGCUCAGCCAUCUCCUCUUCCACCCUCUCGACCUCCCCCUCCUCCCCCUCCACCACCACCUCCACCACCUAUUCUGCCUAAGCCAGCUCUUUAUCCUAAAAAGAAGCCACUGGCUAAGGUUCCACUGACAACAGCUCCCACCAUAUUACCACCUGCCAGCAGUGUCAAAUCAGUAGAGACAAGUUCUGCCAUAAAAACCAAUGGGACACUUGUCACAAGGAUAUAUACAUCCACACCCCCUCCUGUCCCUCCUAAGCCAGCUUCAAUUCCAUCAGGACUUGUGUUCACACACAGACCUCCUGAGGUAAUUAAGCCUCCUAUUGCUCCCAAGCCGGCCAUUUCUCAAUUGCCAACAAGUGUUCACAAACCAGCAGAAGUACAACCCAAGCCGAUAGGUUUGUCCUUCACUAGUGGUAUGUCUUUGAACUUGGUUUCCCCUGCUGAGUACAGGCUGAUGUCCCCUACCUCUCCAUUGUCUCCACAUUCUAACAAAUCUUCACCAAGGCUGUCAAAACCCACUCAGGAAACCUAUGUUGUCAUCACGUUGCCCUCUGAGCCUGGAACCCCAACUGAGUCUGUUACCAGUCAGGCAAUUAUAAGCUGGCCUUCAGGAUCACCCCCAAAGGAACAGGCGCCACUGAAUGCACAACCAUUAUUUAUUCCAUCCAUGGCUGCUCUGCAGAUUCAGAGCACACAUGAUCAAUUUGUUCCUGCUAUUCCUAUCACUGCCCGCUCCAUUUUCGAAAUAGUCCCUAGCUCAGCAACACAGUUAAUAACAACAGAGGUUGCCAGAACUUCAGUGUCUUUGGUCAAAAGUGCUGGUUUAGGUGGUGUUUCCAUAACUAUACCUCCAGAGCCAGCACAGUUAGUAGAUCCGUCCAGAUACAGAGAAAAUGGAAGAUUCCAUCUCUUUACUGAUGUUAUUGAUCUUCGCACUUUGACUAAAAUGGAUUUUGAAAGGACGGACAGCUGUAUGGACCUGUCUGCUGCUCCCGUUGAUGUAAGAAGGCACACCACGGCAAGUGAAAUGUCUGGACGGCCAAUGAGCACAGUUCAACCAGCUAUUAUAAAUCUCAGCACUCCAUCAAUAGCAGAGCCUUCUUUAGCUCCAGUUACUGAAACAAUUACAAUAGUAACUUGCACGGCUUCUGUAAGCUAUAGUUCUAGUUCAGAAAGCCUUGUAGACCUUGGACAUGCAAUGACAACCCCACUGCAGCUAACAUCGCAACAUUUUGAGCUUGGAUCUAGAGCAGCAGCUAGCCAGGUACUCUCUGCAGACAGAGAUGAAGUGCCCAUAAAUCUGUCCCUAAGUACUCCGGUGCAUGCAGUGACCUGGGCUUCUACAAAGCCGGUGACUGUCCCUCCCGUGGGUGUAACCAAUGGUUGGGCCGAUGUUAGCGCUGCUCGUGAGCCUAUGGAGAGUGGAGUGGUUGAUCUCAGCACCACAAAAUCCCACAGAACAAUGGUGUCAGUGGAUGAAAUGACUUCAGGGAUUGUUACCACUGUAAUAGAAGAGGAUGAAAAACCCGUGGAUUUGACCGCUGGGAGAAGGGCUGUUUGUUGUGAUGUGAUCUACAAGCUACCGUUCGGCAGGAGCUGUACAGCCCAAGCUCCUGCGACAACACUGCCUGAAGAUCGUUUUGGUUACAGGGAUGAUCACUAUCAGUAUGACCGCUCAGGACCCUAUGGUUACAGAGCCAUUGGAGGUAUGAAACCGUCUAUGUCAGACACCAAUUUAUCAGAAGCUGGACUUUUUCUGUACAAAAGCAAGAAUACCUUUGACUACCCAGUUGGGGAAAGUGAUGUAGCAGUAGACUUAACUUCUGGCAGAGUAAUGACAGGUGAAAUUCUGGAUUACUCAAGCAAGAUUACUGGUCCUUAUCCAGAGACUCGACAAGUUGUUUCUGGCAUGGGGAUCAGUGCACCUCAGUAUUCCCAAGCAAGAAUAGUGCCAACUCUAGGAUCCCCAUAUGGCAUUGGGAGUGUUUUAAGAUCAUCCAAUGGAGUUGUAUAUUCAUCAGUUGCAACUCCAGUCCCAUCACCCUAUGCCAUCACAACGCAACCAGGUUCCAUUUUCAGUACUUCAGUUAGAGACCUACCUGCUCUCCCGACAGCUGACAAAAUGCCCUCAUUAUCAACCUUGGAACAGAGCCAGGCACUUCCAAGUACGUAUAGUUUCUUGACAACUAUGUCAUCAGACAAAGAAAAUGAGAUUACUAACAUAGACAUUGAGCCAGGGUUACGUCCUCACCCUAUGGAAACUAUCGUACAUGAGCCCACCGACUUGUUACCUGUCUUUACUUCAGCUUCAGAAGCUUUCAUGGAUGUCAUUCAGGAUGAAGCUGAACUUCUCAUUGCACCUCAAGAAGGCAAACAGCAACAUCUUGACUUGGAGCGUGAGCUUCUAGAGCUUGAGAAACUGAAACAGCAGCGCUUUGCAGAGGAGCUAGAGUGGGAACGCCAAGAAAUACAAAGGUUCAGAGAACAGGAACAAUUUAUGGUUCAAAAAAAGCUUGAGGAAUUGCAUUCUAUGAAGCACCAUCUCCUAUAUCAGCAAGAGGAAGAGCGGCAGGCUCAGUUCAUGAUGAGACAGGAAACAUUAGCUCAGCAGCAACUACACAUCGAACAAAUCCAUCAACUUCAACAGCAGCUUCACCAACACUUGGAAGAACAAAAAAUCCACCAGAUCUAUCAGUAUAAUUAUGACCCUUCGGGAACUGUGUCUCCACCAUCAACCACAGAUCAAGUCAUUUCUGAAGACCAAUAUGCAGCUGCAGUAAAUAGCCAGUUUUGGGCUGGUGAAGAAGCUACUGCAACCACUUCUGCUGUUCUGGGCAUUGAAAUUCCACAAAGCCAAGCCUGGUACACAGUUCAGUCAGAUGGCGUUACCCAGUACAUUCCUAGGCCUGGUAUACUAAGCUCUGUUUCAGAGAUGUCUCUUAAGGACAUUGAUGUGAGAGAGGAAAAGCAACUGAAAAAGAGGAGCUCCAUGCCAAAACUGCUUGGCCCAUAUGAGGAACUUGAUGAAACCAUGGAAGAGGAGCCCAGGUGUCUUAAAAAGAUAGUGGAGAGUGGCGUUCAAACUGAUGAUGAGGAUAGUGCAGAUAUGAGCUACACAGACCGAAGACAGAGAACUAAAAAGGGUGUUGAUACAAGUGUCCAGACGGAUGAUGAGGACCAAGAUGAAUGGGAUCUAACCAGCAGAUCAAGAAGAAAAACUCAUGGAGGGAAAUAUGAAGUUACUACUGAGGUGGACAAGGCUAAACCAUUCUCCAAAUUCUCCAGCGUUGCAGUACAGACAGUAGCAGAGAUUUCUGUACAAACAGAACCUGUAGGGAUGAUAAGGACCCCAUCGAUAAGGGCCCAGCUGGAUGCUAAGGUAGAAAUAAUAAAACACAUUUCCGCUCCAGAAAAGACGUAUAAAGGCAGAAGUUUGGGAUGUCAGACAGAACCAGAUUCAGACUCCCAAAGCCCCCAAUACCUCACAGCCACCUCCCCUCAAAAAGACAAAAAACGGCCAACACCCUUAGAAAUAGGUUAUUCAACCCAUCUUCGGCCAGAACCCACGCUCCAGGUAGCACCUUCCCCUCCCAAAUCCCCCAAAGUUCUCUAUUCUCCCAUUUCCCCUGUUUCUCCAGCUGCUGCUAUGGAGUCAGCAUUUGUACCCUAUGAAAAACCCAUAAGUGAAGACAUUAGUCCUCAGAAGAUUGUGCAUGCUGAUGUCACCAAGAUUCCUCAGCUGAGCCCAAAGUCUUCCAAGGUGAUGCAGCGUUCCUUGUCUGACCCCAAACCUCUGAGCCCAACAGCUGAAGAUCCCUCCAGAGGUCAUUUUCAGUACUCUGAUGGUUUCUUGACCAAAGGCUCUUCAAGUGCGGCAUCAUCAGGAAUUCAGAAGAAGGUCAAAAGGACUCUGCCCAACCCACCUCCAGAAGACGUUGCUGUAGGAACACAGUCUGCCUUCACCACUGUGGGGUCAGUUUCACGCCGGAGGAUCUGUAGAAGCAAUACUAUGGCCAGAGCUAAAAUCCUCCAGGAUAUAGACAGAGAACUGGAUCUGGUAGAACGAGAGUCAGCCAAGCUUCGUAAGAAGCAAGCAGAGCUAGAUGAGGAAGAGAAGGAAAUAGAUGCAAAGCUUCGGUAUUUAGAAAUGGGCAUCAACCGACGAAAGGAAGCACUGCUUAAAGAAAGGGAAAAGAGAGAGCGUGCCUAUCUUCAAGGAGUAGCAGAGGAACGGGAUUAUAUGUCAGAUAGUGAAGUUAGCAGCACCAGGCCUGCCAGGAUAGAAGCUCAGCAUGGCUUGGAAAGGCCUCGGACUGCCCCCCAAGCAGAAUUUGAUCAAUUUAUGCCUGCACAGACUCAACCAGAAACUCAGUUUGCUACUCCUACAAGCCCUUAUACACAGUAUCAGUACUCUUCACCUGCCCUUCCUACUCAAGCAUCAACUCAGUACACACAGCAAACACAUUACCAACAGCAGCAGCCUUUAUAUCAACCACAGGUUUCUCCUUAUCAGACCCAGUCAGCAUUCCAGACAGUGGCGACUAUGUCCUUUACACCUCAGGCUCAGCCACCGCCAAUCCAACAGCCUUCCUAUCAACUCUCAUCACAACUGGUGGUGAUCCCCCCAAAAGCAAGGCAAACUUCAUUGUACCUGGAACCCAAGAUAACAACAAACUACGAUGUAAUUCGUAAUCAGCCUCUUAUGAUAGCACCUUCGUCCUCGGAUAAUACGUACGCAGUGUCCCACUUGGGUAGUAAAUACAGUACCUUGGACUUAAGAAUGGGACUGGAUGAGAGGAGCAGCAUGGCCAGCAGUCCUAUCUCCAGCAUAUCUGGCGAUUCAUUCUAUGCAGAUAUAGACCACCAUACACCACGCAAUUAUGUGCUGCUUGAUGAUAUUGGGGAUCUCGCUAAAGGAACAUCGUCUCUGAGCUCUGCUUAUGGCCUUCAUGAGAAGGAUCUAACCAAAACUGAUCGGCUCCUUCGGACAACGGAGGCCCGGAGGGUGCAAGAAGUCUCCGAUUUCCUUCCGUCACUGCAGCCUUCUUCUCGGUUGCAUAGUUACAUGAAAACUGAUGAAGACCCAAUGGAAGAUCCUUAUGAACUGAAGCUUCUAAAGCAUCAGAUUAAGCAGGAGUUCCGCCGGGGUGCAGAAAGCCUGGAUCAUGUGACGGGCCUUUCACAGUAUUACCAUGGAGAUACUAGCUACAGACAUUUCCCCAAGUCUGAGAAAUACAGCAUAAGCAGGCUCACCUUAGAGAAACAAGCUGCCAAACAGCUUCCAGCAGCUCUCCUUUACCAGAAGCAGUCAAAGCAUAAGAAGGCAUUGAUGGAUCCCAAACUGUCUAAAUUUUCCCCCAUACAGGAAAGCAGGGACCUUGAGCUGGAUUAUUCAACCUACCUUACUUCUUCCAGCACUUCUUCACUUGGAGGCAUCACCUCCAGAGCAAGGCUCCUCCAGGACGAUAUCACGUUUGGUCUUCGGAAAAAUAUCACAGACCAGCAGAAGUACAUGGGACCAACGCUUGUACAUUCCCUUGGUACAAGCCUUGGAGCUGCACUGAGCACAUCCAUGCGAUCCACUUUUCAAGAUGAUGCCGACAAACCCUAUGGCAGCGGCAGCAGAUCCAGGCCUUCCUCCCGGCCGUCAUCAGUGUAUGGGAUUGACUUAUCACUGAAAAGAGAUUCUUCUAGCUCUUCUUUAAGGCUGAAACCCCAAGAGGCCGAGCAUCUAGAUGUUUCUUUCAGCCACGCAGCCCCCUCUGGAAGAACGAAACCAACCAGUCUACCUAUAAGUCAGAGCAGGGGACGAAUCCCAAUAGUCGCCCAGAAUUCAGAAGAAGAAAGUCCUUUAAGCCCUGUGGGUCAGCCAAUGGGAAUGGCAAGAGCAGCAGCUGGGCCACUACCACCAAUAUCUGCAGACACUAGGGACCAGUUUGGAUCAAGCCAUUCGUUGCCUGAGGUCCAGCAGCACAUGAGGGAAGAAUCACGAGCUCGGGGUUAUGACCGGGAUAUUGCCUUCAUCAUGGAUGACUUCCAGCAUGCCAUGUCAGACAGUGAAGCCUACCACCUUCGCCGGGAAGAAACGGAUUGGUUUGACAAACCUCGGGAGCCUCAUUUGGAGAAUGGACAUGGCUUUGAUAGAAGGCUGCCAGACAAGCUAGCCCACUCGAGACCACCGAGCCAGCAUCAAGAUCAACUAAAUGGGAAGCCAAUGCAAUAUAUCUUUCCCCACGCAAGACUGAAACUUCUGAGGGACCCGAAGGAUCGCUCGGUUUCAGGCAAUGGACUGGGGAUCCGAGUUGUAGGUGGGAAAGAGAUUCCUGGAGCCAAUGAAAUUGGUGCUUACAUCGCUAAGAUCCUGCCUGGUGGAAGUGCUGAACAGACAGGGAAAGUUAUGGAAGGAAUGCAGGUGCUGGAAUGGAAUGGCAUUCCCUUGACUGGCAAAACAUACGAAGAAGUUCAGAGUAUCAUCAGUCAACAGAGUGGGGAAGCAGAAAUAUGUGUAAGACUGGAUCUCAAUAUGCUGUCAGAUGCUGAGAAUCCCCAACAUCUGGAAUUGCUUGACCCAGGAAAAACUGUGGAAAAAACAAAGUCCCCAGGAGUUGAUCCUAAGCAAUUGGCUGCAGAGCUGCAAAAGGUCUCCCUACAGCAGGCCCCUUUGGUGGUCUCCUCAGCAAUGGACAAGGGCUCCUGUGCUCAUUCUGGCACUACCUCGGCCACUUCCAGUUCUGUUCCCAGCCCCGGCCAGCCUGGUUCUCCUUCAAUCAGCAAGAAACGGCACAGUGGCAAGCAGCCCGCUGAAGCCACGAAGUCCAGUUCCCAUCUAGUUACUGGAGAAAUUCAGCUUCAAAUCAACUAUGACAAGCACCUUGGUAAUCUGAUCAUUCAUGUGCUUCAAGCAAGAAACCUUACUCCCCGGGACAACAAUGGCUAUUCUGACCCAUUUGUCAAGGUCUAUCUUCUGCCUGGAAGAGGUCAAGUAAUGGUUGUCCAGAAUGCAAGUGUUGAGAACAAGAGGAGAACUAAAUAUAUACAGAAAACCUUGAAUCCUGAAUGGAACCAGACAGUCAUUUAUAAAAACAUCUCCACAGAGCAGCUGAAGAAGAAAACCUUAGAAGUUACAGUCUGGGACUAUGAUAGAUUCUCCUCCAAUGACUUGCUUGGUGAGGUAUUAAUUGAGCUGUCUAGCACCUCUCAACUGGAUAACACUCCUCGGUGGUAUCCGCUGAAGGAGCAAAGCGAAAGCAUUGACCAUGGGAAAUCUCAUUCUGGACAGAGCAGCCAGCAGUCACCAAAACCAUCCGUCAUCAAGAGCAGAAGUCAUGGGAUUUUCCCUGAUCCAUCCAAAGACAUGCAGGUGCCCACCAUUGAGAAGUCCCACAGCAGUCCUGGAAGCUCUAAAUCGUCCUCUGAAGGACACCUACGCUCUCACGGACCAUCCCGCAGCCAAAGCAAAACCAGCGUCACUCAAACUCACCUUGAAGAUGCUGGGGCAGCCAUCGCCGCUGCUGAAGCAGCUGUCCAACAGCUCCGCCUUCAACCAACAGCACAUAAAAGCGGUCAAUCUAAUAAUGCAAGGAAGCAGCACAGGCACAGCAUUGCAGGCGUCCUCCCCAUUCAAAGAACUCAGUCUGACAAUCUGCCUCCACCAGCCAGUGACAGCAAAGACCAAAACCAGCUAGCCCUCAGGAAAGUGAUGUCCGAUGGACCUGCCAAGCCCGAAGGAGCAAAGCCCACCAACCACCGACCAGGAGAAAGCUCCGUCUCCGCAGGCUCAUCAGCCAGUAGCUUUGGCAGCGGAUACAGUGUGGACAGCGAAGGAAGCAGCAGCACCAGCACUACCGGGGACAGCAAUCCAUUUCCCAUUCCAAGAAUAGGAAAGAUGAACCAGAAUGCACAAGAAGCACUGAAGCCAUCAGGAGUAGGAUUAACAGAGUCUGAAGGUAAAACCCAGAUGGUGGGUGAAAUAAAGAUUGCUCUAAAGAAGGAAAUGAAGACAGAUGGUGAACAGCUAAUAGUGGAGAUCCUUCAGUGUAGAAACAUCACAUACAAGUUUAAAUCACCAGAUCACUUACCAGAUCUAUAUGUGAAGCUGUAUGUUGUCAACCUUGCUACUCAAAAGAGAGUGAUGAAGAAGAAAACAAGAGUAUGCAGGCAUGACAGAGAACCUUCGUUCAAUGAAACUUUUAGAUUCAGUUUGAAUCCUAGCGGACAUUCUCUCCAGAUUCUCCUUGUUUCCAAUGGAGGGAAGUUUAUGAAGAAGACUUUAAUUGGCGAGGCAUAUAUCUGGCUUGACAAAGUGGACCUCAGGAAAAGAAUAGUAAACUGGCACAAACUUUUGGUCAGCUCAACACAGGCGCACUGAGCAAACACGUCUGCUUGGGGGCAGCUAGGCUUUUGAGGUGUCUGUCCACGUGAUUCCAAGACUCUAGUUUGAUGUUGUGUUUGGCGAGGUUUUCAGAAUACUGAGGAGGAAGAGCAGGUUUCCAU